AUGAAUAAGGCACAAUUAAUUAAUAAUAUUUUCUUAUCUAUUAAGAAUAACAAUGAACAAUCGCUAUUGAAGAAAGGGUCCCAAAUUUUGACAUAUUCAUUAAAAGACAAUAUAUGUGUUUCUGAUACAAAUGAAAAUACAACAUGUAAUUCAUUUAUGUUAUCUAAUUAUAAAUCACCAUUUAAUGCCACCAUAUAUGAAAUUCUUUCCAAACAAACUAAUUUGAAAUAUAUUGGUAAGACAAGGUUGGAUGAAUUUGCUAUGGGAUCUAUGGGUAUUAAUGAUCCUUUGAAAUUAAAUCUAAAUGAUGUAUUGAAUCCCUUGUUUCCUGACUGCGUACCUGGUGGAUCAUCAUCUGGUGCUGCUGCUAGUGUAUCAUCUAAUAUGGUAGAUUUUGCUAUUGGAACUGAUACAGGUGGUAGCAUCAGAUUACCUGCAGCAUGGUGUAGUACUAUGGGCUUUAAGCCUUCUUAUGGUAAAAUAUCAAGGUAUGGUGUUAUAGACAUGGCACAAUCUUUGGAUACAGUAGGUAUACUUUCAAAUGAUAUCAAUAUUAUUAAAUAUAUAUUCCGGCUAUUGGAUAAAUACGACCCAAAAGAUACUACAUCGUUACCAGAGAAAUUUAGAUCGAAAAGUGGUCAAGAUCCAAAGAUGAAUACAAGAGAAUGGAAAAUUGGUAUCCCAAAAGAAAUUUUUAUUGAUUUAUGUGAUCCUGAGGUUUGGUCUCACUUUAAAAUUAUAUUGGCAAAUUUGUUUAAAUCUGUUCCACAGGUGUCAUUAUAUCCGGUAUCCAUUCCAUCAUGGAAAUUGUCGUUACCCAUAUAUUAUACUCUGUGUCCCUCAGAAGUGGCAUCUAAUAUGGCUAGGUAUGAUGGGAUUAGGUAUGGAUCAAGAGAAAGUGACGAUUUUGAAACACAAAAUCAAGGUGGAGACACGGAAAAUGAUAUAAUCCUAUUUGCAAGUUCUAGAUCUAAACAUUUGGGUAAAGAAGUGAAAAGGAGGAUUGUAUUGGGUAAUUAUACCCUGUCAUCAGAUUCGUAUAAAAAUAAUUACAUGAAAGCGCAAAAGUUAAGAAUGAGAUUAAUUGAUGAAUUUAAUACAAUUUUCCGAUUGCCUAAUAUAUUAUUGUCUAAUCAAGAAUAUGAAAAUGAUGAAAAAGAUGGAGUAGAUUUCUUAUUGGUACCUACUAAUUUAACUAAACCUCCAAAAUUAGUAGACAUUUUGAAUAAUAAGAACCAAGGUAAAGAGAACCCGAUUAUGGAUUAUAUAAAUGAUUUUUUUACAGUACCCAUGUCUCUUGCAGGGCUACCAACUAUAUCGAUCCCAAUGUGUAAAAAAUCAUCAUUAGGUUUACAGAUAGUGGGACAGUACGGCGAUGAUUAUAAUCUAUUAGACUUUUCAAAACACAUUAUAAUAAAUUCUGAUGUUCUCAUAACUAUAUAA